AAAUGGUUAAAUUACAAGAAUUUUCACUCACCCACACACAAGCCUAUUUCUAGCUCCAUGCUCAGUUGAAAAGUAAACAGUGGGGCAGCUUGACCAAUAACAAUAUGGCUCCUACUAAAUAUGUUUCUUUUAUUUCUCUCUUACCAUCAAAUGAAAGCUGCUAUUUGAAUUUGUAUUCCCAUCAUGUCCAUGUGUCACAACAGAGCAACUCCAUUGCUGUCAAAAGAGAGGUUGUCAUCAGAGCCCUUUGCGAGUACCUGAAUGAAGACAUUGGGAUCCUCGUCAAACACUUCUCGGAUACCCAGAAAGAAGAAAUGAAAGAGCAGCAAGAAAGAUCCACGAUGGGCAUCUUUGUUUCCAGGAAGGCUGGUGAAUGGGAUCUUCCUGCAGAUGUGUCGCUUGUUGUCGAGGGAGUGGAAAUCCUGAGCAACAUCAGCGAUGUGGCUACUGCGUGUGCUUUACUCUUCGGCGUCAUAUAUGCCAUGAAUCUCAGCUAUCCCAAGGAGCAUAAGUACCUCUUUGAAGUUCUGCAGAAAAUCAUCAUGGAGCUGGACACAAUCAAGUACUCGCCAAAGGUUCAAGGCCUCAGAAACAAAUUAUUUUUGUAAGUGAUUAUCCCAAACUUUUGCAGCAACUAGUUUGUGAUGUACAGGAGAUCCCAGUCAUGAUUUCCUGACUGUAAGUCUGUAAUACAAUUUUUUUAAACAUUGGGCGUGUAACAACAGGAGAUCCUAGCAUCUGAAACACCAGAAUAUACAACAAUUUGUCCGGGUAAAAAAUUUCAAUGCAAUUUACAUUGUAACUAAAUGAAUUUUGGGCCCUUGAAACUCUACCCAAUGCAUACCAUAACGUUUCACUCACAAAUUU